AUGGCGGUAAUGGCAAUGACGCUAGUUUUGAGGUUGACCGCCAGCAGCGACACAUCCUCAAUGGCGGUUCCCAUUGUUGUCGAUGCUUCACGAGGCUUCAAAGUCGACGGUUGGAAGCCGAUCUCAAAUUCGAACGCUCCAAAGGCGGCUGCAAUUGCAAAAUUCACGGUGGCGGAACACAACAAGGAGAAAAAAGAAUUGUUGGUGUUUGUAUUCAAGGGAACAUUGCAGGUGAUUGCUGGUACUAAUUACAGGCUCGUCAUCCCCACCAUCAACAACGGCGCCACCGUCCCUUACAAAAUCUAUACCAUCAUUGUUCAUUCCAGCUUGUCACAAUCUUUGUCGCUCAUUUCAUUCGAAUCAAAUAAGACUAAUUUGUGA